CGGGCGAAGCUGAGCCUUGUACCUCAAACAGAAGGCAGCCAGUUACUAACUUCUGGUUGCUAGGUGUGGCCUCCUUGCAAGUCCUAUAAAAUCAGAAGUCCAAGGCUUCCAGUGUGAUACCUUCAGAGAAGAAUCUCUCUUUAGUUCUUUGGAAAAAGGAAGAAUAAAAGACACUUCUUUAAAAAUGGCAAUGGUUUCAGAGUUCCUCAAGCAGGCCUGGUUUAUUGACAACGAAGAGCAGGAAUACGUUAAAACCGUGAAAGCAUCCAAAGGUGGCCCCGGGUCGGCGGUGAGUCCCUACCCUAGCUUCAAUCCAUCCUCAGAUGUCGCUGCCUUGCACAAAGCCAUCACAGUGAAAGGUGUGGAUGAAGCGACCAUCAUUGACAUUCUAACUAAGAGAAACAAUGCUCAGCGUCAACAGAUCAAAGCAGCAUACCUCCAGGAAAAAGGAAAGCCCCUGGAUGAAGCUCUGAAGAAAGCCCUUACUGGUCACCUUGAGGAAGUUGCCUUGGCUCUACUAAAAACUCCAGCUCAGUUUGAUGCUGAUGAACUCCGUGCUGCCAUGAAGGGCCUUGGAACGGAUGAAGACACUCUGAUCGAAAUUUUGGCAUCAAGAAAUAACAGAGAAAUCAGGGAAAUUAACAGAGUCUACAGAGAGGAACUGAAGAGAGAUCUAGCCAAAGACAUCACCUCAGACACCUCUGGAGAUUUUCAGAAGGCUUUGCUUUCCCUUGCUAAGGGUGACCGAUGUGAGGAUCUUAGUGUGAAUGAAGACUUGGCUGAUACAGACGCCAGGGCUUUAUAUGAAGCAGGAGAAAGGAGAAAGGGGACAGACGUGAACGUGUUCACUACUAUUCUUACCACCAGAAGCUAUCCCCAUCUUCGCAGAGUGUUUCAGAAAUACACCAAGUACAGUCAGCACGACAUGAACAAAGUUCUGGACCUGGAGCUGAAAGGUGACAUUGAGAAAUGCCUCACAGCCAUCGUAAAAUGUGCCACAAGCAAACCAGCUUUCUUUGCUGAGAAGCUUCAUCAGGCCAUGAAGGUCCAUAGGCAAUUGAAGAAACGCCUAACAUCAAGCCAACUAACAAAGUGGGAAAAACCCCCAAUGCUUCCAAAUCUGACUCUUUUGCAUCGCGUUACUGGACCGAGUCGCUCUCGAGAGACCAAAUUCCCCUGGCACACGAGCAAAGCUGGGACUCAGGUGCAACAAGUACAGGAACCAAGAUUGCAAUGGGCUGAGCCCACACGAGUGCUGCCACCUGGUGGACACUGCCGUCUGCGCAGUGGCCUGUCUGAUGACAACGUAUUUAUAUUCAG